CAGGCUCUCAUGUUUUGCAGAUUCUCUUGAUCUGAAGAUGGCUGCACAGUCAGCACCGAAGGUUGUGCUAAAGAGCACCACCAAGAUGUCUCUGAACGAGCGCUUUACUAACAUGCUGAAGAACAAACAGCCGAUGCCAGUGAAUAUUCGAGCUACCAUGCAGCAGCAGCAGCAGCUAGCCAGUGCCAGAAACAGAAGACUGGCCCAGCAGAUGGAGAAUAGACCUUCUGUCCAGGCUGCUUUGAAACUUAAACAGAAGAGCUUAAAGCAGCGCCUCGGUAAAAGUAACAUUCAGGCACGAUUAGGCCGGCCAGCAGGACCGCUUGCUCGUGGAGCCAUGGGAGGAAGAGGAAUAUCUAUGGGGCAGAGAGGCUUGCCCCGAGGAGCCAUGCGUGGUGGGCGUGGAGCAAGAGCCCUACUGAGAGGAGGAAUCCCACUCAGAGGUCAGAGCCUGCUUCGGGGAGGACGUGGUAUAUCCCCAAGGAUGGGCCUGAGAAGAGGUGGCAUUAGAGGUCGUGGUGGCCCUGGAAGAGGUGGUCUGGGCAGAGGAGCCAUGGGCCGUGGAGGACUCGGUGGCAGAGGUCGUGGCAUGGCAGGCCGGGGAAGAGGGGGCUUUGGAGGUCGUGGCAGAGGCAGAGGACGAGGAAGAGGAUCAGCACGUCCUGCGUUGACCAAGGAGCAGCUGGACAACCAAUUAGAUGCUUAUAUGUCUAAAACAAAAGGACACCUCGAUGCGGAGCUGGAUGCUUACAUGGCUCAGACAGACCCAGAAACAAAUGACUGAAGGUUGUUCUCAGAGACUGUUGUCAGAGUUAGUGUGUAUGUCAAUACCCAUAAGCUAAAAAUGGAAACCCUGAUUCAUGCUGGAAGGACCCGCAGGAAUAGGGAGCAGCCCUGUUCUACCAAGAGAUCAGACUUUAGUGUGUUCCUCUAACAUUCUGAUACUAUGUGUUGUAUGAAACUUCUGAUUAUUUCUUUUUUUAUAUUUUUUCCCUAACUACUCCAAGCAUGGAUGUGACAGAUCUGUUGCAGUUAAUCCACUGACAUCAAUGCUGGCAUGUGUCCAGUGCUCCAACCAGGCAGCACUGGUUACUAAGGUCCUUUUAGUGCCCCUGAAGGGGAAAUACUGCAUGUAUGCCGCAGUCUGUGCUGCUUUAGGUGAAGUGCUCAUUGGUGCUGAAUAUAAGGUGUGGGAUCACAUGUUUGUGCCUAUUACACUUCAUGGUUACGUUUUGGGAUAGGGGUUAUCCCUUAGUGUGACUGAAUGGUCAAGUUCUACACCUGCAGUUUUGUUUUGACCCUCCUGAAGCAAGCCUACCAAAACUCCUCCCAGCAGGACUAACAGUUAAGUUUUAGGUGUAGUGCUCCUGUAGACAUUGCCAAGCUUCUUGUUUCGUACCAAAAGUUCCUCUCUGUUGAUAGCUAGCAUUCUGUUAAUAAGUAGUGCAGAGGACUUUCAGAGUGAAGGCUUUUUUGGUUUGUUUCUUUUUUUGUUUUUGUUUUAGAUAAAGUUUGAAUUUCUGUUGUAUCAUGUUUUGAAUGGAGGGCACCAGUGGCUUCUGUAUACUGAUCUGGAAAAGAACAAAUGUUUAUUUAAAGGAAUUGGAAGCAGGAACAUAAAAUUACACCUGUGAAAGAAAAUCAUGGUAGAACUGUCUCUUUAAAACACGGGGUCCAAAUUUCAUUUGUUAAUGAAUGCUGUUACCUUUCAGCAUAACCAAAACUGAGUCUACAAAUCAGACCAACUCUGUGUGCACUUAACCCAGAUUGGUUUGGGAAGUUGAGAAGGGGUCUGCUCCUCCCCCUGUCCUGAAGUUUUAAGUUCAGCCAUUCUGUGAACUGUUCCAGUUUCAAUGGAAUCUUGUAUUUCUGGUUUGUUGUAACAAAGGAGAAAUUAUAAAAAUGA